AUGACCUUCACAACCAACCUCCUCACCACCCACAAAGCCCUCUACCACGCCUCCACGACCUCCGCGUUCCUCGCCGCCGCCGCGCGCGGCCAAGUACCCAAACCGAUCCUGGGCCGCUGGCUCGCAAACGACAGGCUCUACAUCCACGCCUACAUCAAAGGCGCGGGCCGGUUCCUCGCGCUGCUGGAUCUCCCGGACGUUGUCGAGUCCGCGUCUCGUCACGAUAAUUCUGGUCACGAUGCUGGCUCUGCCACCGCUGUGACGGAGGACGGAGCGGCAGACAGAGCAACGACAACCGUGACGGAACGACUCCUCCACUGGCUUAUCGACGCGCUCGUCAACGUCCGCCGCGAAGAGAAAUUCUUCAUCGACGUCGCCGCCCGCUUCGGUAUCAAUGUAAACUUGCCCGCUGAGCCCACCUCCCAGAGCGGCAGUAGUACCAACCGGCGGGUGAGCAACGAGAACAAAAACGCAGGCCUCCUCGCCUUCGAACGCCUCUUCACCUCCAUCAACACCACCCCUCCUCGCGGUGGACUUCUCCUCCCCUGGCUCGCCCCCGCCGUCCUCUUCUGGGCAACGGAGAAGUGCUACCUCGAAGCAUGGUCCGGUGCUAAAGACAUGCUUCCUUCGUCUGGCUCUGCUACAUCUGCCUCUGGUGUCUCUGGUUCCUCUGGCAAAGACACAGCAACAGACUUGGACGGCGGCGCCCUACGAACAGAAUUCAUCCCCAACUGGAGCAGCCUGGCCUUUCGAACCUUCGUAGACGAGCUAGCCUCCAUCAUCGACGACGGCGUAGACGAGGCGGUCCAACGACACGGCGAGGAGGCCGUCAGGAACGAACUUGAUCAGGCUAUGGUGAUGUGGGAGAGGGUCCUUUUGGCUGAGAAUGACUUUUGGCCUAGGGAGAUGGAGGAGGGUGGUCUGCGGAGGGUCCGCAUCAACUGA